AUGAUGGAUAUCAACACACAAAUACACAAAUCUUCCUGUUCGGCAGUUAAGAGAGUGAAAUCUAAGCAUGGAGACUAUGGUAAGCAUUUUGAAUGCGACAGAGGCAGCAGUUCAUUUGCAACCAGUGGUAGGUUGAGCAUGCAUUUGAAGUGUCAUAAAAAAGGUGAAAGGAGUCCACCAAUGAGUGAACGAAUGCAAACUUCUGAAGCUUUCAUGCCAAGAAAUGAUGACCAAACAACUGAUGUGAUACAGAUAUCAGCCAAUGAUCUAGAGUUUGAUGGUGAGAGUCAAGACUUUCAGCCUUCCAAGACAAGGCCCUCAAAUACAAGGAAGGUGUGUGACUUUUGUCAAAAGUCUUUUGCAAAUGCUCAAGUUUUAAAGACACACAUGCGAAGGCAUACUGGAGAACGUCCUUAUUUUUGUACAUUGUGUGACAAAACUUUCACUCAGAAGAAUGGCUUGAUUGUACACAUGCAUACGCAUGCUAAUGAAGAAUUUAAAUGUCAAGAAUGUGGUGUAGUUUUCACCCAGCUGAGAAGUUUGAAGAGACAUUCCAAAUUCCAUACUGGUGAAGUUAAAAUGAAACGCAGUGCAUCAAGACUUCUCAGUGAAUUUAAAAUUAGAGUUCCUCAGGUAUUAUCUGAAAAAGGAGUAAAAAGCAAAUAUAAAAAUGUGUUUCGUUGCGACUUUUGCGGGAAGGACUUUAAGAAUGGAAGUCAGCUGAUGAUUCAUAGACGAGUCCAUACCAAUGAACGUCCUUUUGAAUGUGGGAUUUGCCAGCGGCGCUUCAAACAGAAGAUCACUUUACGAGAUCAUGAAAGUACUCAUUUCUCUGAAAAAUGUCAUAAAUGUGACCAAUGUGGGUCUAUGUUUAAACAACAAAGGACACUGAGGCAACACCAGAAAUUAAAAAUUUGCCAGCAAAAGAUAAACAAGAGAAUAGAUCAAGAAGAGACAAAAGUUGUAGUAAUGCAGUGUCAAGAAGAAGCCGGUGAGUCAGAUGCUGAUAUGAUGUAUGUGCAGAAUAUAAAUAAUAUAAAUUUAGAUUCUGAAAAAGAUGUGGCAAGAGAUAGCACUGAGAAUCAAGACAAGGAUAAGGUAGAGUGUUUUACUAUUUUGGAUUGUAAACAGGGAACUAGGGAAAUAAUCCCAUGUGGGAAAGAUGUAGAACCUUAUGUAAAUCAUGCAUCCACUGAAAAAGAAGAAGAUGCCAUUCCUAUGUGUGUAUGUGAGUAUUGUAGAAAGGUAUUUAAGACAAAGAGAAGUGUUCUUCAGCAUCAGAAAACACACAAUAAUGAAAGACCAUUUUCAUGUUGGAUAUGUUUUAAGACUUUCAAGAUGAAAUCAACUCUGAUGGAACAUGUAGAGAUCCACAAUGAUGGUAAACCUCAUCCUUGUCAAACUUGUGGUAAACAAUUUAAGACUCGCAAAUGUCUUCAGAACCAUAUGGGACGAAACAUUUGUACAGGUAUGAGACCUUAUGUUUGUGAAAAGUGCAACAAAUCAUUUAUGUACGUCAGAUUCCUUGAGAAGCACAGGUGUAGUGCAGCUGAACCCAAGACAUUUGAUUGUGAUGAAUGCUUGAGAAAGUUUACUCGCCGCAACCUCCUCACUGAACACAAAAGAGUCCAUACAGGAGAGCGUCCUUUGGAGUGUGAACAUUGUGGUAAGAAGUUUGCAAAGAGGGACCUAUUACGCCGUCAUCGCCUAACCCACAAAGAGAAGCAGUUCCAAUGCCAGGAAUGUGGCAAGAGAUUGACCCGAAAGUCUGCUCUGCAGGUACACAUGGCUAUUCAUUCCAAAGAUUAUAAAACUCAUGUCUGUGAAAUUUGCAGUAAGACAUUCAAACAGGCUAGCUCAUUACAUAAUCAUCUUAAAACGGUGCACACCAUAAAAAGCUCACGUGUAGCAAAGACCAAGCCACAAGAAUGUAUAUGUGCUUACUGUGGAAAGGUAUUCAAGCACCUUCGAUGGAUGCUAAAGCACUUCUGUCCAGCCAGUGGUGUGAAGCGUUUUCGAUGUUCUGUGUGCAGUAAGUCGUUUGAUAAGAAGCAACAACUAGAGGUUCACACUCGCACACACACUGGCCUUCGUCCAUACAAAUGUGAAGAAUGUGGAAAAUGCUUCACUCAGACCAAUAGUCUCAAGGACCAUAUGGUCACCCACACAGGUGAAAAGAACUUCAAAUGUGAUCUCUGCAAUAGUGCUUUCACACGUAAGAAUAGCCUCCAAAGGCACAAACUUAUAAUUCAUGAGGGUGUUGAGCCAUUCAUAUGCAAAAAAUGUGGCUUAACUUUCAAAUACCAGAAAUCAUUCAAUGCUCAUGUAAAUGCAUGUGAAGUCGUAGCAAAAGAGCAUCCUGACUCUAUACAAACAGAGAUUGUUCAAGAUGUUGUAAAUGAUGAUCGUCAGACUGGUCAUGGUCCAGAUUUUGAACAGCAAGUACUAGAUAAUAUUCUUGGUAACAUUGAGAGGGCUAUGAAUGGUGCUGGUAUCGAGAUCAGGCCUGAUGUCCAAUACCAGAUAAUAGUUGGUGAAAGUGACAGUGAAGUUACUGUUCAUGUGACUGGUGAACCAAAGUUGGAAUCACAAAGUACAAUAUGUGACAAUGGAGAUUCCUGUUAGACACAGGAAGUGAAAUCCCUUCUUAAACUUUGCACUGAGAGAUUCAAGAUCCUUAAAAAAAAAGACCUCUGCUUACCGGUAUUUGAAAUUUAAACCAAAGAUGGGUUCAGCCUCAGUGAAAUGAAGAUAUGUUCAAAGUUAAUGGGUAACAGUCCAGGGAGGGGGAGGGGCCUCCACAUUUUUACUAUUGCGUCGUGUUGUCUCAUGACCAUGUUCUUUUAUGUCUUGUGAAGCUUUUGACACCAAAUUUGCAAUGCACAUGUUACAUGGUUACAAAAUCAUGCAAUGUUAUGUAAGUACAUGUCAGACCUAUUGCUAAGAAAUAAAAUUUCAUUUACACAUCCAAUGCAAUUCUUUUUCAAGCCAAAUUAUUAUUUAUACUUCUAAUGAUUAAUUUUAAGUGAUUUAUGAUUGGAAAAUAAUGAAUAAUGGGUAAAUAAAAAAAAGAAAAAAUUUACACAUGUAUAUCAAUCGCAGGACUGAAGGCUCCUUCAAACCACUUCCAAAGUUGGACCCAGUCCGAAUCGGUGUCAGUCUGGCAAUUAAAAAGAGGUGAUACAAAUAAAAUCAAGCCGCCUCCGAGACACUGUCUGGCUCUAGUCUGCUGUGCAAACCCUUCACUCGAGUAUAGGGUCUGAAUUGCAGCCUACUAAUGCCUUGUGUAUUGAAGGCCCUCUCGCUAUGUGCUAGUCUUUGCGUGGUGACACACUUGUUGAUCAAAGUUUCAAUCAGGGUCUGUGCCUGCUGGCUCAGCUUUGCUAUGUGUGAACAAGUCUUUGUCGUUUCCUUAAUAGAGAUGUUAAAUGUGAAUCGCGGAUCUCAUUGCACUGAAUUUAUGCUUUUGUAUAUCAGUUACUUGAAAUGUUUGGACUAAUCUCUUGAAGUGGACCUGUUAGAUUGUGAUUAUUUUAUAAUUUUGUCAUUUUUGUCUCGCUUGCAUAGUAAAGCGAGACUAUAGGCGCCGCUUUUCCGACGACGGCGUCGACGUCAACAUCAAAUCUCAACCUAAGGUAAAAUUUUUGAAAUGACAUAACUUAGAAAGUAUAUGGACCUACCGGUAGUUCAUGAAACAUAGACAUAAGGGUAAUCAAAACUACUGAACUUCCUGCCUUGGUUUCAGGUCUUAUGACCAAGGUCAAAGGUCAUUUAGGGUGAAUGAACUUAGACCAUGUUUUGGGAAUCAAUAUCGAAAUCUUAACCUCAGGUUAAGUUUUUGAAAUGUCAUCAGCACUCAGAAAGUACAUUGACCUAGUUCACGUAUCUUACGCACAAGGGUAAUGAAGUAUUACUGAAAAUCCUGCCAGAGCUUCAGGUCACAUGACCAAGGUCAAAGGUCAUUUAGGGUCAGUGAUUUUUAGGCAUGUUGGGGGUAUUUGUUGAAUUUCCAUCGUAACUUUAAAAGUUUAUGGAUCUAGUUCAUAAAACUUGGAUAUAAAAGUAAUCAAGUAUCGCUGAACAUCCUGUGCGUGUUCCAGGUCACGUGAUCAAGGUCAAAGGUCAUUAAGGGUCAAUGAACUUUGGUAAUUUUGGAGGCAAUUGUUGAAUCACCAUCAUAUCUUUGAAAGUUUAUGGAUAUAGUUAAUGAAAUGUGGACAUAGGGGUUAUCCAGUAUAUUACUCAUCUUGCACAUGUCGUAGGUCACUUGAUCAAGGUCAAAUGUCAUUUAGGGUCAAUGAACAUAGUAUAUUAAUAUAUGAAUGGUGUUUUUUGUGAAUAAUUAUUUUAUAGCCAUUUUCAAAGUCAGCACUGCUGCUACAUGUAUAUUGAAUUGCGUAAUAUGUUCUGUCUCCUUUUCUUUUGUAUCCAUAUAGUGGUAUACAUGUAUGUUUGUUUCUGUUUGUGAUUCACAGAAUUGCAAACUAGGUUUAAUAUAAAGAGACUGUGGGUUUUGUAUAUCUACAAUCCUAUUCAGAGUAAUCAAAACACAUGCAGAUGUACUUUUUGCGAAGAUUCCAAGAGAAAAGUAAUAAGUUUGAAUCCAAAAUGUAUUUGAGCAUGAUAUGUGUGCGUGUUUGUACAUAUGUAUAUAAAAUGAACAUUGCAUCAGAUUUAUAUUUCUGAUGACUUAGCAAUCAUAGUGUUUUAAUUUUGAAGCUUUUUUUCACUUAUAUGUAUCUGUACUUUGUGAAAUUCUAAAAUUUUUAGUUGUAAGUAUAUUAUGAAAUAAAUUCUAACCAGUUAUAUUAA